GUCCGCACGAUGCACGACUCCAGCGGGGUACAGCUGGCGCGCGCUCUGAAGCUCGCUGCCCUGUUUCUGCUCCUGGUGCCUCGUUUUCUGGCCGCGGCAGUGACGCUGUGGCUCCUGGACUUCCUGUGCAUCCGUCGCAAGGUGCUGCUCCAGAUGGGCGCGCGGCCACACAGUGCUGACGACCCACCUCUGUGCGUCUCUGACUCCAACCGCAUGUUCACGCUGGAGUCGCUGCGCGCUGUGUGGUACGGCCAAAAGCUGGACCUGCUGAAGUCCGCGCGGCUGGGACGCGCGGCACCCAACACGGAGGUGGUUCUGGUGCCCGAGCGCCGUCCGGUGCGCAUCCUGGACUGCAUGCGCGGGACGCGGCCGCUCGUCCUCAACUUUGGCAGCUGCUCCUGACCGCCCUUUAUGACGCGCCUGGCCGCCUUCCAGCGCGUCGUCAGCCAGUACGCCGACAUCGCUGACUUUGUGGUGGUCUACAUCGAGGAAGCGCACCCGGCCGACGGCUGGGUCAGCUCGGACGCUCCAUACCAGAUCCUCAAGCACCGCUGUCUUGAGGACCGGCUGAGCGCAGCGCGCCUCAUGCUGCCUCAGGUGCCUGGCAGCAGCGUGGUGGUGGACAACAUGGACAACUCGUCCAACGCCGCCUACGGAGCCUAUUUCGAGAGACUCUACAUCGUGCGCGACCAGAGGGUGGUCUACCAAGGGGGUCGGGGACCGGAGGGCUACCGGAUAUCGGAGCUCAGGAAGUGGCUGGAACAGUACCGGAGGGACAUGAGCGCGUGUCCGGUACUUCAAGCCUAA